AUGGCCAAAGAAGGUAAAGAAUCCAAGUCAGUUGACAAUUAUGAAGCAAGAAUGCCAGCAGUGUUGCCAUUCGCUAAACCAUUGGCUUCUAAGAAAUUGAAUAAAAAGGUCUUGAAGACAGUCAAGAAGGCUUCCAAAGCUAAGAACGUCAAGAGGGGUGUUAAGGAAGUUGUUAAGGCUUUGAGAAAGGGUGAUAAAGGUUUAGUUGUCAUUGCUGGUGACAUUUCUCCAGCUGAUGUUAUUUCUCAUUUACCUGUUCUUUGUGAAGAUCAUUCCGUUCCAUAUAUUUUUGUUCCAUCUAAGCAAGAUCUUGGAUCUGCUGGUGCCACUAAAAGACCAACAUCUGUGGUAUUUAUUGUCCCAGGUAGUAAUAAGAAGAAGGAAGGGAAGGCUAAGGAAGAAGAAUACAAGGAAUCAUUCAACGAAGUUGUUAAAGAAGUUGAGGCUCUUUAA